AUGGUUCUCCUAGAAAAGGCUAAAUUUUUGGAAGAGCUAAACAUUUUGUUUAAUACAUCUCAGUCAUCUGGAUCAGUGAGAAUAACGAUGAAAUUAUUGCUAUUGAGUAAAAAAGACCCAAAGGAUCAAAAACUUAAAAUUGAAGUACCUAAAGAAAAAGUAUGUUUAAUCAGGGCUACAUUCAAAAACAAAAAAUUAAGUACUAGAAUAACUGCUGAUGAAGUGAGCUCAUUUCAAGAAGAGUAUUGCACAUUGUUGAAAAAUUCGUUAAGUAGUUUGAAAAAGACUAAAAAAUUAAAGAAAAAAGCCAUGUCUUAA